AUGUCCAAGGCCGCCAAGAAGAAGUCAUCCAAGAAGCGCUCGGGAUCCGAGGCGGCUCAAUUCGAUCAGAAGACCAUUCAGGAAUUCAAGGAAGCCUUCGGAAUUAUGGAUCAAAACAAGGACGGAGUCAUUGACAAGAGUGACUUGAAGGACUUAUAUGCCUCAAUGGGACAAAUCGCAUCGGACUCCCAGAUCGAUGCCAUGAUCAAGGAAGCUCCAGGACCAAUCAACUUCACCGUCUUCCUUACUCUUUUCGGAGAGCGAUUGACUGGAACUGAUCCCGAAGCUACUAUUGUUGGAGCUUUCGCCAUGUUCGACAAGACCGACAGUGGAAUGAUCAAGGAGGACGAGCUGAUCAGAAUUCUCCAAAACAAGAGAGGAGAGCCACUCGAUGAGGAUGAGAUCAAGGCUAUGCAUAAGGGCAAACCACCAAUUGAGAACGGACUUGUCGACUACAAAGCCUUCGCUCAUCUCAUCACCACCGGAGCUCAAGAUGAACUCGCCAAUGCAUAA